CAACAUCUUACACAUUCACACUCGGUGUUAUUACGCAUUUCGAGCCGAUACGCCGCUCGCGCUUCAGCGUAACUGACUAUGGCACGGCGGGACUCGCCUCCUCUCUUUCAACCCCCUGAACAGUAUGCGAGUCGCGGACCGACAUGACAGCGAACAACCGAGCCUCUUCUCCUUCACACCGGCGGCCGUGUGCGCUACCGAGGCGGGGAGCGGGAGUCCGGCUUCUCCGGUAUGCGGUGCUGGUGGCGGUGUGCGCGCUCUGCUACAGUAACUCUCUCUGGGGAGAGUUUGUGCAUGAUGAUAUAUGGGCCAUUACCAAUAAUCCGGAUGUCAGACCGGGCUCGAGCCUGCGGAGCAUCUUUUCUAAUGACUUUUGGGGCAAACGGAUGGCUGAUAACACGAGUCACAAAUCCUACCGACCCCUCUGCAUCCUCACUUUCAAGUUAAACAUAUUGCUGGCCGGCAUAACCCCGUUCUACUUUCACCUGGUGAAUGUAUGUCUGCACUGCAUGGUCACAGCACUGCUCAUGCACACCUGUGAACAGUGUGUGUUCGAUGACGGCAACCUGUCCUUCCUUACCGCCUUUCUCUUCUCAGUGCACCCCAUUCACACAGAAGCAGUGUCUGGAAUUGUUGGGAGAGCCGAUGUGUUAGCCAGCAUGUUGUUCCUUCUGGCCUUUCUCUCCUAUAUUAGGAGUGUGUCAGUAAACAGGACGGCUGACGCUUUCCCAUCGACAGUGUCGGUCCUGUCGUUGUCUCUCAGUCUGUUUCUGGGCACAUGCGCCAUGCUGGUGAAAGAGACGGGCAUCACUGUGUUUGGUGUCUGCGUGCUCUACGAUUUCCUGGUGAUCAGCCGUAAGCCCUUCAUCUUGCACCUGUCACACUCCAGGUUAAAGGAGCUCGUAAGAAAUUCCUCCCCAUUCAUCAAGCGUGUCUGUGUCAUCUCAUUACAUGUCAUAAUCAUCAUGUCUGUUCGCUUAUGGUUGAUGGGUGGCUCUAUGCCACUGUUUUCAGAGCAAGACAAUCCAGCCUCUUUUUCUCCGCACCUGCUCACAAGGUUUCUCACGUAUUGCUAUCUUCUCACCUUCAACGCCUGGCUCUUACUGGCGCCCAUAGUACUUUGCUAUGACUGGCAGGUGGGAAGUAUACCUUUAGUAGAAUCUCUGUGGGAUGGACGUAACAUUGCAUCAUUGCUUCUGGCUCUGGUCAUGCUGGUGUUGAGCGUGUCCUGUGUUACACAUCUGCAGAAGAUGGAAGGGAAGGAGGUAUUAGUGGGCAUCCUCUUCCUGGUCUUUCCCUUCAUCCCAGCCAGUAAUCUGUUCUUCCGUGUGGGAUUUGUGGUGGCGGAAAGAGUUCUCUACAUGCCCAGUAUGGGCUACUGUGUUCUGGUGGUCCAUGGGUUGAACAGACUGUAUUCAAUGGUCAGUCGAUGGGGUGCAGCCGCACUUACUGUGUCCAUGCUGGUUGUUCUUCUUCUCUUCUCCUGGAAGACCGUCCAACAGAAUGAGAUCUGGCUCUCCAGAGAAGCCUUGUUCAGGUCUGGCAUUCAGACGUUACCUCACAAUGCUAAAGUUCAUUACAACUAUGCCAACUUCCUAAAGGACAGAGGAAGAAACCAAGAAGCCAUUUACCACUAUAAAACCGCCCUCAGUCUGUACCCACGACAUGCCAGCGCACUGAAUAAUCUAGGCACUCUGACUCAACAGGCUGAGGAGGCUGAAAUAUAUUACAGGAAAGCGCUGGACAUUAACCCUCAACACAACAGAGCUCUGUUCAACCUUGGAAACCUCCUUAAAUCACAGGGGAAGGAGGAAGAGGCAGAGAGGAUGUUACAGGAUUCCAUUCGGUUUGGUCCACAUUUCGCUGAUGCGUAUUCCAGCCUCGCCUCUUUGUAUGCUGACCAGGGACGUUCAAAAGAAGCAAAUGAGAUUUACAUAAAGGGUAUUGAGAACUGUCCAGAGGGUUCUGACCUCCAUAAUAACUAUGGUGUGUUCCUGGUAGACACAGGUCAUGGGGAGCGUGCAGCGUUUCAUUACCAGGAAGCUGUCCGUCUUAAGCCGGCUCACUAUGUUGCCAUGGUGAACCUGGGCCGCCUUCUUCGCUCCUCCAAUGACAAUAAAGAGGCAGAACUGUGGUACAAAAGGGCCCUGCAGGUGGUUCGUAAAGUGGAUAUCUUGACCCCUCUUGGGGCUUUAUACUAUAACACAGGCAGAUAUGACGAAGCCCUGGAGGUGUACAAAGAAGCAGCCAAGUUGCAGCCGGACAGUACUGAUAUCUGGCUCGCUUUGGCACAGGUUUUAGCCAUGGCGGGUCGAUCUUCAGAGGCAGAGAAAAUGACCAUGGGCAUUAUUUUAAAGACGAGCAAGUGCAUUGAAUGUUACCGCUUGCUGUCCGCCAUCUACAGCAAACAAGGCAACCACACUGAGGCUUUAGAUGCUUUGAAAAAAGCCCUGCGGCAUAAACCGUUAGACGCUGCAGUGCGGGCAGAGCUGCAUUUCUCGAUGGGUAACCAGCUCAGAGAGAUGAAUGAUCUUGACCAAGCCUUCCAGAGCUACAAGCUUGCUGUUGAGCUGAAACCCGACCAAUCGCAAGCUUGGAUGAACAUGGGCGGCAUUCAACAUAUCAAGGGAGACUAUGCUGCAGCAAGAAUGUACUACCAAAGAGCCCUUUUACUCUCACCCGACUCAAAACUGCUGAAGGAAAAUCUGGCCAAGCUGGAUAGACUGGAGCAAAAAAUACAUGGGACCUAAAGGAAUGAUGUGACUUGAGCUAAUGGCCAAAUCACAGAAGAGAAGUGACCAAGAGAGAUGGGUAGGCGUGGGGGCAAACUAAGACAUGCAAACUACAGCUUUCAGGACUCAGGAGAUGAUAAAUGGCUGCUCUCAGCCCCCCAGACUCUGUAAGAGGUAGUCUUGAACUUAACCAAUCCAAAUGGCUGAUGUUUUUAAGCCUCUCCAUCCAGGACUGGACCUCACAGAUACCUCUGACCUCAGCGCAUCACCGCGGUUAUCUUUCGGAGCCACAUGUCCUCCUCAACAGCUGUUAGAGAUAACUGAUGUUUCUGUGGGUGGUCUGCUUUUAUUUUGCAUUUUGCGAGUGAUUUAAAUGCUAUUAUUGUUGAAUGUAUCGUGAACUGAAGGCAUAUUGACCUGUGCAGUGAAUUACAUAUCAAGAAUCCUCAUAAGCUGUAUACUGAAGACUCUUAAUAUUCAAAUCCCAACAUAUCCUUGAACUGGGUCACCACGUCAUUAAAUGGAUUUUAAUCUUUUUUUAUUGGUGGCCAAAAUUUGUUAUGCGGUACUUUCGAUUAUACCGUAAUCUUUGCACUUACAUUUGGUUGCCAUAGAAACAGUCAUCAAGAACAUUUCUUGAAUUCAGCAGCCGUGCUAAAAAUGUCAUACCAAGAAACCAAUGAGAAGUUAUGUAUCUUUAUUUAAUAAAUAUCAUUAAGUAUCUAUGGGUUUUUCUCUCUCUCUCUCUCUCUCUCUCUCUCUCUCUCUCUCUCUCUCUCUCUCUCUCUCUCUCUCUCUCUCUCUCUCUCUCUCUCUCUCUCUCUCUCUCUCUCUCUCUCUCUCUCUCUCUCUCUCAUUCUCUCUCUCUCUCUCUCUGUGUGUGUGUGUGUACCUGGUAGAUAGGAAUACCAGUAUUUUUGUGAUCUUGUGGGGACAUUUUGAGGUCCCCAUGAGGAAACAAGCUUAUAAAUCAAAGAAAAUGAUGUUUCUUGAAAAUGUGAAGUAGGAGAAGGGUUUCUGUGAUGGUUGGGGUUAGGGAAUGGGGUAGGUAAGGGGAAUAGAAUAUACAGUUUGUAUGGUAUAAAAUGCAUUACGUCUAUGAUAUGUCCCCACAAAACGUGGAAACCAGAAUGUGUUUGUAUUGUAAAUUAACUUUUUCACCUUUGCAUCAAUACCUACACAAAUACACAGAUUUAGCUUUAAAAACAUUUUUAAAUACCCUCUGAAGUGGCUUAAAAUGUGCAAGCCUUAUGUGAUGCAUGACAUAAUUUCUAAUAAAUCAGAAAGUUAGGGUGAGACCUAUUACAUUUCUCCUCCCUCUUUUAAAAUAGUCAGUAGCGUUUACAUCAGAGCCUGGACGUUUUGAAGGCUUACAACUUCUAGAUCUGAAUUUUGGCACACACUAGUUUUUAGAUAUCCUUAAGGGUAGCAUAUACUAAAAACCAAACAUUUUAUUCAUAUGGACUUCAAAGCAGUCUCUCUCUCUCUCUCUCUCUCUCUCUCUCUCUCUCUCUCUCUCUCUCUCUCUCUCUCUCUCUCUCUCUCAAUUUCAAUUUUUCAAUUUAAAGAACUUUAUUGGCAUGAUUGUGUCACUUACAAUAUUGCCAAAGCAUUAUACAUAAAACAAGAAACAUACAAUAACACAAUAUUAACAAACAUUAAGGUGCAAUUAAGCUAAGGUGCUGGGUGAUGGAUGAAGUACUACUGCAAAAUAAAAUAGAAUCAGAGGAUAUUUACAAUAUAAAGUUGACUUUGAAAUAUAAACAUUGGAAGUAUACAAAUGUACAUUUAUGGAGGCAGAUGAGAGGUAAAAUACUCUCUCUCUCUCUCUCAAAUUCAAAUUCAUAUAAACUUUAUUGGCAUGACUUACAGUACAGUAUUGCCAAAGCUUUAGUAAUAACACGGACAAUUAAGAAAUGAUAAUACAUACAUAGUAAAAUAAACAGUAAGCAAACAGCAAUGCAAAAACAAGUAAAUAAGUACACACAAUUACAAUAAUAAUAAUAAUAAUAAAAUUAUAAUAAAUAAAAAAUAAAUACAUUUUCAAUUUGUUUUCUUUCAUUCACUGGCUGUCUCUCUAUGUUUAUGGCAGGCUGUUACAUAUUUUGCUGCUACUGUUAUCAAAGUGGGCUUUUCUCCUAAAAUAUAUCUCAUUUUUUCUGAAUUUGUUAGUGUGAUAAAGUUUGGCUCUAUGUUCUGAAAAUGUGUGAAGUAUUGUGAGCGGAUAUUGUCAUAAUGUUGACAGUGUAGAAGGAAGUGUUCUUCUGUUUCAACAUCUCUCUGAGAACACAAUAAACACAAUCUCUCUCAAUAAACACAAUCUCUCUUCUCUUGGCUUAUAUCUCUGUCUGUGUCGUCCUCUUUCUAUAGCCAAACAGUGAUCACUUAAUCUGUAUUUACUUAAUGUCUUCCUCACUUUAUGAUCUUUAACACAAAUCAGAUAUUCUGCUGGUUUGUAGUCUCUUUUUAAUUGCAAAUAGAGUUCCAUCUUCUUCUGUGUUUUACUGAUAUCAUUCCAAUGGGUAAUGUAGUUUUGUUUUUGUAAUCUGAUAAUUUGAUUGGGCCAUAUUGUGUUGUGCUGGUUUGGAUGUAGUUUUUGUAUGAGUUGUAAAAGUGCACUUGUGUUGGGGUUCUGCUGGUGGUACUGAAGGGCUUGAGCUUGAUAUGAGCUUGGGUCACUGCUUUUUAGAUGUUUAUAGAAUUUCAGGGCUCUUUUCUGGAUAUUUAUCAAUAAAGGGUAUUGUCCUAAUUCAGCUCUGCAUGAGUUGUUUGGGGUGGAUCUGUUCACCCUUAGGAUGUUCUUACAGAUUUGUGUAUGCAGAGUUUCUAUUUCUUCUUUUUCCCAUUUAGAGAAGUCUUGUGAUUUUAGUGGCCCCCAUACCUCGCUGCCAUAUAACGCAAUGGGUUCAAUAACUGCUUUUAGGAUUUUUAACCAUGUUUGUAUUGGGAUUUCAUAUCGAAUUGUGUUUUUAAUCAUGUAGUAAACUCUCAUUGCUUUUGCUUUCAAAUCAUUAACAGCCAGAUUAAAGUUUCCCGUUGAACUUAUUUUUAAUCCCAGAUAGGUGUAAUCAUAAGUGUGCUGGAGUACUUGAUGUACUAUGAAAGUGUAUCUAUUUUCCCUACACCUGGAUCUGUUCUGAAAAAUCAUGAUUUUGGUUUUAGUUUGGUUAAUUUUGAGAGCCCAGGUUUGACUGAAAGUAUCUACGAUGUCGAGGAGCUGUUGUAGUCCCUCUUUUGUUUUUGACAGAAUGACUAGAUCAUCUGCGAAGAGGAGACAUUUGAUUUCAGAAUCAGUCAGGGUUGGGCCGGGAGCGGUCGAAUUAUUUAAUGCUUUGGCCAGUUCAUUUAUAUAAAUGUUAAAUAAAGUGGGGCUCAGUGGGCAACCUUGUCUGACUCCUCGACACUGCGAAAAAAAUUCUGUUCGUCUGUUCCCUAUUUUGACAGCACACGUGUUGUUUUUAUACAUGCUGCUGAUUAAAUCAAAUGUUUUUCCCCCAAUCCCGUUUUCCAGGAGUUUUAGGAAAAGUCCUUCAUGCCAGAUUGAGUCGAAAGCCUUCUCAAAAUCAAUGAAGCAAGCGAAGACUUUACUUUUCUCUUGGUGUAGAUGUUUGUCAAUGAUAGUGUGGAGG